CGGCUCGCCACGUUUUCUAUUGGGCCGCUGGCGGGACCAGAUCUCAGCUUGUGCCAGAAGUUCCGCGCGUCACUGACGCUCCAGAAUCCGUUCGCCGCCGCCGCCAUGAAGUCAUGAUUCAACUGAGCGGUCAUGUCGGAAAUCAAAGCGUGGGGAUUUUGGAGGGCGGUCCUGGCAGAGUGUCUGGGGACGAUCGUCUUCGUCUUCGUCUUCAUCGGCCUCUCGGCCGCAAUAGGGGACCGCAAUAACUCCUACCCCGACCAGGAGAUAAAAGUGGCGUUGGCCUUCGGCUUGGCCGUUGCCACGUUGGCGCAGUGCCUGGGACACGUCAGCGCUGCCCACCUGAAUCCCGCCAUCACGCUGGGCCUCUUGGUCAGCUGCAAGAUCAGUCCGCUCAGAGCCCUUGUCUACAUGAGCGCUCAGGUGGUGGGAGCAGUGGCUGGCAGUGUCAUUGUGUACGGCACCAGGCCAGAAACAACACAUUCCCUCGGUGUUAACAAGGUGUACUGGGCCGUACCAAUGUGUGCCGGUGUGGUGGCAGCGCUUCUGUACGAUUAUCUGCUGGCGCCCAGAAAGGAUCCCUGCGGUGAAAAAACAAGAGGCCUGCUCUGCUGUGGCUCAAAGCAGGAAAAAGACCAUCGCGAGCCGCUUCUAGAAGAGGGUUCAGGAGAGUUCUGAGAAGAAAUGACUGUGUGCGGCUGAUUUUGUAUAAAACUUUCUCAACAUUAGGAGUUUAGUCUUUUCUCUAAAUCUCAAGUAUGUGACCUGAAAUUAUGUGCACUGCUUUAGGAAUCUAUGCUACUUUUUGCUGAUUGGAUGCACUGUUGGUGAGUUUGACAAACCAGGAGUACUUCUUGUAGGACGGGACCGUUAAGCCCAGGUCUUGACCAUGAACCACACAAUUUUCUAACUGAUGAAAUCUAGUGAAGCACAUAUACACACUGGGAAUAAUUUCUUUUUGAAUAAUGUGAACAUGUACGUUUCUUAAUGACAAAAGUACAGCUGAAUAAUGAAUCUGGGUAAUCUUACUAAAUCGGUGCCUUUAAGGAUUAAGCGGUCAAUGGUGUGUCUAUGAACGGAAUAAUUUAGAUUUUGGGGUUUGGUUGCAUAACUGCAGUGAAGAUCUCAACCUGUAGUUGACAAUCGAGAUCUGGUGCGUACCAAACAUUUGGUACGUGCAGCGUUUGUAUUUUGAUGUGUCCCCCUUUCAUUCUGAGCGCGCUGACAGCAAUCGGUGUUUGUAGUGCGGUUUUGUCAGCCUCCCAGGUGGGUCCACGAUGCACAGAGCGAAUACGCAGCAAUGCAGAAAUAUUCCGCUCAUCUUUUGUGAAGUGUGUUACCUCAACAGAGAGCGUAGUUUGCCGCAUGUCGGUUUCCUAUCCAACUUUCAGCAGAUUUUUUUGUGGCUACUGAUCUGAAUCUUUACAUAGUCGCUCACAGUUGGAGGAUUUUCAUCCACUUUAAAUACGGUAUUAUUUUACUAUUAUACCACAACUAAAAAUGUCCACACUGUCCUCAACAUAAAGUCAAAGACAGCUUUGAAAACCCUCCCAACCGGCAAAGUGACUCAUCACUUGUGUAGCUGCAAACCUAAUGUAUUUAUUUACUACACUUGGCUUCAAUAAAAGCCGCCAAGGAGCAGGUUACUGGUCUAUUUAACACUUUGACUGCGGUAUAAUAACCUACUGUAAUGGCUCAGGGGCCUCCCCCGACUGGAUAACUUCAAACUCCACCUUCUCCCUGCUGCUCUUUAAUAAACCGUAUCUCUUGUGUCAUCUAUUCCA